CCUCGCCGCCACCGCCUCGCUCCCUGAGCGGCGGGGCGCAGUGCGAGCCCGACCAAGAUGGCGGCGGCGGGGCGAGCCGGCUCCUUCGGCUCCUCUCCGCCCGGACUAACCUCGACCUUCGCGGGCGGGGCCUCGGCCAACGGCUUCUCUUCCAGCAACGGCAACGGCGGCCCUGCCGGCGACGGCAAGGCGGACGAGGAGGACGGGCAGAACCUCUGGUCCUGCAUCCUCAGCGAGGUCUCCACCCGCUCCCGCUCCAAGCUCCCCGCGGGGAAAAGCGUCCUGCUGCUCGGGGAAGAUGGAGCUGGAAAAACAAGUCUAAUAGGAAAAAUGCAAGGAAUAGAUGAAUACAAGAAAGGAAGAGGAAUGGAGUAUUUGUACUUAAACGUGCAUGAUGAAGACAGAGAUGAUCAAACAAGAUGUAAUGUAUGGAUCCUAGAUGGUGACUUGUAUCACAAAGGUCUCCUUAAAUUUGCAAUGGAUGCCAACUCUCUGAAGGACACUUUAGUUAUGCUGGUUGUAGACAUGUCAAAGCCUUGGACUGCCUUGGAUUCUUUACAGAAAUGGGCAAGUGUUGUAAGAGAACAUAUUGACAAGCUCAAAAUUCCUCCUGAGGAAAUGAAAGAAAUGGAACAAAAGUUGAUAAGAGACUUUCAAGAGUACAUAGAGCCAGGAGAAGAUUUCCCAGCUUCUCCCCAGAGAAGAAAUACUACAUCACAGGAGGAUAAAGAUGACAGUGUGAUUUUACCACUGGGUGCAGAUACACUUACUUAUAACUUGGGCAUUCCAGUACUAGUAGUUUGCACAAAGUGUGAUGCCAUUAGUGUGUUGGAAAAAGAGCACGACUACAGAGACGAACAUUUUGACUUUAUCCAGUCGCAUAUCCGGAAGUUUUGUUUACAGUAUGGUGCCGCACUCAUUUACACUUCAGUAAAGGAAAACAAAAAUAUAGAUUUAGUAUACAAAUACAUUGUUCAAAAAUUAUAUGGAUUUCCUUUCAAAAUACCUGCUGUUGUUGUGGAAAAAGAUGCAGUAUUUAUCCCAGCAGGUUGGGAUAAUGACAAGAAGAUAGGAAUUUUACAUGAAAAUUUUCAAACAUUGAAAGCAGAAGACAGCUUUGAAGAUAUCAUAAUAAAACCACCAGUCAGGAAGUUUGUUCAUGAGAAAGAAAUUGUAGCAGAAGAUGACCAAGUGUUUCUUAUGAAGCAGCAGUCCCAGUUAGCAAAGCAGCCACCAACUGCAGCUGGAAGGCCAGUGGAUGCCUCACCCAGAGUUCCCGGAGGCUCCCCUCGAACCCCAAACCGAUCAGUUUCAUCCAAUGUUGCCAGUGUGUCUCCUAUUCCUGCUGGGUCGAAAAAAAUUGAUCCAAAUAUGAAAGCUGGAGCUACAAGUGAAGGAGUCCUCGCUAAUUUCUUCAAUAGUUUGCUGAGUAAAAAGACAGGCUCUCCGGGUACUCCUGGAGUUGGUGGUGGAAGCCCUGGAGGUGGAGGUGGAGGUGGAAGUAGCAGUUUACCACCCUCUGCAAAAAAAUCAGGCCAGAAGCCUGUCUUAACAGAUGUUCAAGCAGAAUUGGACAGAAUUUCACGAAAACCGGAUAUGGUCUCUCCUACCACACCUACAUCCCCUUCAGAAGGAGAAGCAUCUUGAAGAUACCAAAUAAAGCCAUUUAUUCAGUUUUCUGGGAUAAUGUAAACUUGCCUCUGCCUUUUCCUUCAAAAGUGGAAUUAGGGAGCAGAAAUGCUAUUUCAGAAGGACAAAAUUAAUAUGUCAUUUUUUGUUGCCCAACUUUACAAAAAGGGAGAUGUACAGAUGGAAAAUUAUACUACACUAUGUAGGACUACUGUUUGCAUUGCCACUUUGCAUAAAGAAGUAAUUGUGGGGUUUUGUCAAACUCAAAAUAAUUUGUAAAAUGGCAACAUAUCCAUUUGAUAAAAUGUAUUCGAAAAGGCUGUUAACAGGAGGGUGUGGGAAAGGGAGGUGAGAGGAUAUGCAGGGCACUUGACUGACUUUGAAUCCCCAUCCCUUUUAGUUAUGGUUAUUAAAUUAAAAUUGUAAACAUUAACCUGCUAGUUUUGCUGGAAGAAAGAAGAUAAUCAGUUGUUAACUAUUUUGUGCACCAAAAUAAAUUAAUUCAAAUAAAUUUACUGCCACAAAUGGAAUAUGCUGAGAAAGCUAUCACAUUUCAUAUGCGAUGAUAGAUUGUGGUUCAGUAAAUGCUGAUUGCGAUAUUGCUUACAGAAAUAUUGACAAGUUGACCUUCAUCAACUGCAGGCAGGGCAAACCUACUAAAUAUAUAAAAGAACAAUGCAGAGGUUAUCAAAAUGUAAAGAGUUACAAUUUACAGACUUGUCUCUAUAUAUGGCUCAGCCUUAACACACCCCUUUGUUUUCCACAUUCAAUGAUCGUUUCAAAUAUUAGUCUUUAAAACUGUAAUCAGUUAAUAAAGUAUUUAUUCUCAGCAUAUAGAUUAAUUAAUUCAUUGCAUUCUUAUAUUUAAAUUUGUAUUUAUUAGCCAAUGAAAGAUUUUCUAGUAUUUUCUUAGUAUUCGGCUCAGAAAGAUUUAUUAAACUCUCGUCUUUCCCAUCUUUUCAUUAUAAAUUUAGCUCUGGCACAACUAGUUGGUAAAGAAGGUUGACAUUUGUGUAAUGUCUCUAUUAGAGAAGUACUAAGAACUGAUGGUCUAUUUUUUGUUCACUUUAUCCUUCUCCCCCCAAGGAUGUUUCUCACCCACACAAUCUUGUCAGCAGUCUUAGGAACUAAAUUGCAUUCCAGGAGACUUCUGGAACUCAUUAAGUUGUGGCAGAUAAUGUUUUCAAAACUUAAUUGAUGCACUAAAGUCCGAUCAUCACUUUAUUAAUGCACACUAGGAUAGGGCUUCACAACAGAGACCAUUUAAGAGUUUAAGUAAGGUCAGUUCAGUUAAGAGGAAUAUCCACUUUGGAUUUAAAGCCAGUUUUGGUUAGUUGUUUAAAAGGCUUUUCUGUUGGUGUGUUCUUAUUCAAAAGUAUAGCAUUCUAAAAGAUGCUACUCAAUGGGGUUUUUGAAAUGUUAAAGUACAACAAUCCCUCAAGGUAAGGAAAUUCACUCGUUUAUAAAUCUGGUUCUCAGAUUGAACACUAAAUUUCUUAAAUGUAGUUGAAAAUUUUGGUUUACUAGAAGUGCGAUAUGGUUUAAAACUUAUUUUAUAGCUUGCUAUAUAAGGAGCACUUUGCAAAAUGAAGGGUGCAUAUUAACUGAAGAAGAAAUUUAAGAAAAUUUAUUUUCUUAGAUGAAAUGGUUGAGCUAAGAAAUACUUAGUAACUGUAAAAUGGUUCUACAGUUGUAGGAAGCUAUUAUGCUAAGUUAAUCUGUUAAAGUGGAACGACUUCAUAGUAUAAAGAGGAUAGAUACAAGAAGAAUAGAAUUGAUGCAUGGUGUACAUUUCUCCAUUGCUUAAAUAUCUGCUGCUGGGCUUGAUUGAAGAAGAGAAUGGUGUCAUACAUAUGGAGCCCUGCAGAUAUAUUGGAUAGAGAAUAUUGUGUAUGUCCAAUCUGAAAUCAUUGGUAUGCCUUGUUUUAGCUGAUUCAAUUAUAACUACUCUAACAUUUUAACCUGUUUUAAUUUUACAAAUAUUUUUGUACCAAUUAUUUUUUAAAGUGAUUUUUCCAUUUUUCCAUUCUGUCCAUUACAAAACCCUUGGUGAAAUUGAACACAUGCCUCAAAUAUUCAGUAAAUGCCCAUGAUAUGAUUUAUUUAUUUUUUGAACUUUUCAGGUGUGUUUUGAUUUUCAAACUGUGAAAAUGCCAGAAUUGCAUUAGUUUAAUGAAUUCUUACAUGCAGCAAACUUAACAUUACUCAUUCUUCUAUUUCAUAAAAAAAAAUCUUGUACUGAUUUAGCCAUAUAUGUCCAAUGAUAUUUAGGCCGUAUGCCAAAAAGUGGUAGCCUGAAUACAGUUUUUUUUCCCUUUAGUAAAAUUUUUGGGAUGCCAUUAAAAAUAGGAUGAUUUCUAAAGUAUCCCCAGGUCUGAACUUGAAAGGUACAUGGGUGCAACUUCAUCUCAGAGCUGAUCAUUUUUCAGAGAUCCUGAAAAGUUUCACUUUAGGAUUAUAUUUUGUGAACUCCCAUGAAUUAGCAUUAUUUCUUCUUGUAUCUUAUCCAGAGACCAAUAGUUUAUUGUUCGUGUUCUGCUGUUUGAUGGAAGUUGUUAGCCCCUUCACCCUUAAGAAGUCUCCCAAGUUUUGGUGUGCUGUAUAAAUUGCAAGGCAAAUUUGCACCUGUGCAUUUUCAUAGAUUAAUCUUAGUUCCUAACCUGAAUUUUUACAUUAAAUCCUUACAAUCCAUGCCACACAUCUGAUUUUUCUGUUAAAUUGUAGGGGUGGAAGGGGGUUGUUCAUUGGCAACUCAAGUCACUCUUUGAACAUGUGACCAAAUAUGCUAAUGCAGAAAGAUCCUUUAGAUUUUUGGAGUUGGGUAGAAACAUUGAUCUUUGAGGUGAUGCUUGGGCUACAAAGUUUUCAUAGCCCCUGUUCUGGGCCUUCUGGUCGAACAUUCCCUUUUUGUGCACCUUCCAAUUUAGCAUUAUUAUGGUGAUGAAGUUUUAAGCCUUGUGAAUGCAAUCAUGAUCCAAUUAUAAGGAAAAUAAAAGGCUUAGGCCUGACAUUCUUUUUUCCCCUCUUUCUCCACUGAGGUGUGCCAGAAGCUUGAGGGUUCUUUUUCAAUGCAGUGUGGUUAGAAGUGUACUACAAAGUCAUCACAGUGAAUUUUUUCCAUAUUUUGUGAUUGAAGUAUUGGAUUAGGUCAAGGAGGCUGGAACUCAAAACAAUAAGGGGUUUGGUUCAUAAAUUAGAGAAACUUCAGAACCUGUCCUGUACUUAGUAUGCAAAUAGCCCAAUGAUUAGCAAAAUAAAAAUUAACAAAAGAUUCUGCUAUUCUUAAUGAUGGACAUUACAGUAAAAAUGUUUGAAGUAUUUUAAAUUCAGACACCAUUUUCUUUGAAGACAAAUGGAAAUGAGUGAAUUCGGAAAAUAUACUUUGAAUUUAGGCACUAACUUGCCAGAACAUGCAGGGAACAAGAGUGGAAUGUUGUACUUUGCUAAAAGUAAGCUCAAAAAAGAAACUGCAGGGUCUCUCAAAGCAAAAUGUUAGGAACUGUCCAAUCAAACAAUGGUAUUGGACACUUACUAUGUGCAGAGCACUGUACUAAGCACUUGGGAGAGUACAAUGCAACAAUACUUACCAUGAGUUCUCAUGGUAUCCAAUGUCUCUUUCAGUAAACACAAAAGAUAAGGGUGGUAAACACCUAACUUGAAGUCUAUUGGUAUGUCUGAGGAGCUGAGGAAUUUUAACUCCUAUCUUGCUCGAGCCAAUUAGUGCAAUAAAAUGGAAGUAAAAAAUUUUUGUGAGCUGUUUGAAGUGGGUAAUGCUGGCCUACCUAAGUAUCUACAGGGGAUAUCUAUGGGUGUGGGACACAAUGCAGUUGCUCCCAUUACACUUAUGUCAAUCUGGUCCUGAAAGUAGAGUAUUGAUUUUACUUGGCCUAAUUUCUACUCCCUGCAUCAUUUUGUAACAGUUCUGCUAAGUCAAUUUUGGCAGUGAAAACUUUAAGAAAAUCUAUCAUCAGUUCUGAGACCAUUCUAAUUCUGCCACAGUCAGCCUAAAUUGGUUUAGCACAUGCGGGUGAUAAAUUGUUAACAUUUCUACUGCAGCAAUAGAAGUGACAUUAUGGCAAUGUGAUUUCUGGAAGGUUUUUUAUUUUUUUCUGAAAUAUUUUCCCUUCUCCAGACUCUUCAGAAUGAGAAGUUUAAGUAACUGAUACCCAUGCUCAGUUUUUGUUUAUCUCAUUUGCAAAUGACACACUUUCACUCCAAUAUACAAACCUCACCUCAAAAUCCAGAUAACUGUUAAAUGUUGGAUUGAUUCAAGAUUGCCUUAACAUUGCUAUAUCCCAACCAGUAGGUGUGAUUUUGAGCAUUCAUGUAAUCAUUAGUGUCAUCUGCAAAUGCCAGAAAGGAGAAUAGGACUGAAUAAAUACUUUCCAUGUAGAUGUGGCUGUAUAUGUGAAUCCUAAAAAUAAAAACUAAAACAUUACCCAAAUUUUUGAAAUUUAAACUUGAAUUUGUAUCUGAAACUUCUUUAAACAUAGGUAAUCAUUACUUAUCUCCUGAAUUUUUUAAACCCCAUAAUUCAUACCCUAGCAUUAAGUAUUAGGCACUAUUGGACCAUUGGCUCUGCUUGAACAUGACAAUUCAGAAAGCAAAAGCUUCUUUCAAAAUAUCAACCUCAAUUCUAAAUUGGGAGCCCAUCUAAAUAAAGGGAAUGAAGUUAGGUAGUAAUGUUUUGGGGGUUUUUAUGCUACCCCCUUACCAGAGUCCCCUUCCAUAUGAUAAAAAGGUAAUAUGCUUAAAACCUACUGAAUAUAUGAUUUCCUUCUGAUGUCCUUCAUUUUAGGGAAUUAUUUACAGUGACGUCUGCUAAUACGGAAUUUUCAUGGAACUGGUUUGAAAAAAUAGAUAAGAUGUCAAGUUAUAUCACAAAUAACUUAAGAACUAGUGCUGCCACUUUCUUGGUCUUUAAAGCAUAGAAUCACAUAAAUAUUUGAAACUACACCAAACCCUUGUCCUUCUAUAACCACAGGUAAGGUAAAUGCACUGAAAAUUCAGAAAUCUAAUGUUAGCUAGUAGUUUCAUAGCUUUUUAAAGGAUCUGUCAACAAAUCACAAUUUUGGCUAGUGUAAACAUACCUCCCUUCCCUUCUGUUCAAAGUAUUCUAGUGAAAUGGUCAAAAGACAAGUGGAGAGAAUAGAGACGGUAAACAGCAAAGAACCUGAGUAAUCCACUAAAGGGAUAAUCAGUCUUUGUUUUUUUGAGAAUUGGAUAUUCUAGAGGUUUGUGAGACUUUAGUUGUAGUAGAUUAGGUACAAAUUUUGCUAACAAUGUAAAAUCUUUCAUUUAAAAUUGUGGGAAGAUUAUUCCUGGGAAGUGAGCUAUGUAAAUAUAGUUAUGUUGCUAAAAUAUGGGCUCUCAUCUCUCAAGCUUUGUAGUGGCUCAUAUUUGAAUUUGGAGUUUUUAUUAUUUCCACCAAGUAUAUACUAUGUACCCUGGACCACUCAUUUAUUAAUAAUGAGGUCAGUGAUGCUGAGGGAAAAUAGAAUUGAUAGGAAAAUGUCAUUUUUUCUUAAACUUAAAAGUAAUGGCUACUGAGGUUAAUUAAAGAGGAAAUUGGUGACUUAUAGAUGAAGUAACUUCUGAAACACUACUCUGCAGCAUAUGCAAUGUAAUCUUAACAACAAGUAAUCUUAACAGAAUAGAGAAUGCCAAGAUGAUCUUUUUCAGUUGUCUAAAUAUGCAAACCAAAGUACCACCUCUGCCUUUUUUUCUUUCAAUUUCUGGCCUUUUAGUGUGCACCUUUGCAUGAUCGAAUAUCUUCAAACUUAGCCACAUGGGAGAUAUUCCACAAUCUGGUUAAUGUAGGGUGCAGGGACUAACAGUGUUGCAGGGUAAUAUUUGGCCCGACUUGAGAGUAAAUUGGGUAGUUGGAUCUGGGCCAGUAUUUGUAGCCAGUGAAAUCGUGGUCUUAAGACAGAUUGUUCUGUCAGAACGACACUUGACAGAACCUACUCCAGUUUAGCAUCAGGAAUCGAAGCACCUGGCUUGAAGCUGCCUUCUUGCCUUCCCAAGGGCCCUUCAUCCCAUCCUCCACUGCCUCUAUCUAAUUGCUCUCUCCUGUUAGGAGGGUUAAAUGGAGUUUAUUUUGUCCCUGGUUCAAAUUUGAUUGCAUGAGACAAAUCUCUGAUUCUCAUAAUUCAAAAGUAAUUAUAGUACUUAAUGAGUCAAAUUAUGGCAUGUGGUGGCUAAGGAAGAAAGGGACUGAGUCAUUUUCUGUUAAAUAGUAUUUUUGGGGGGGGGGGUCAAAAGGCCCCUGAACUGAAUCUUACAUUAACAUUUGUUGGUUGCAGUUUUUCCUCUGGUUAUUCAAAAUGUUAUAGACAAGUUUCGUUACAGGGUUAGCAACUGAAGUUGGGGUAAUGUGGAGAAAGACCCUGUGCAUAAAAUUGUCUUUCCCAUAAUAAAUGGAUAUUAGAUAUCAGAAAUAGCAUUUUGAUAAUGCUCCAGGUACACUAAUAACCAACAUUUAGUUAGCUUUUCCCCAAACUUAAAAACUAAUGGAUACUAAGCGUAUACUUUCACUUGUGCUAGUAGCAUGGAAAAUUCGUUUUUGUAAGCUUUUAGAAAGGCCCAUUCCUUUACCACUUUGUCUUAUUAAAUGCUGUAAAUGGGCUCUCUCUCUUUCUCUCUCUCUCAUAGGAGAAACUGUCAGUUGACUUUCCAAUCUGGUAUAAAAGAGAGAUCAGAAUAGAGCUCUCUAAAUGCAUGAAAAAGCAAAAAAGCUCUUCAUAUGUAUCACUUCUAUUUUUGAGAAGAUAAUUUAAGUAAUUUAAAAAUCCAAAGACAGCCAGUUGCCUCUGUCAAUUCAGGUUGAUAACUUUACUCAAGUUCCUCUUUUCUUGGAAAAUAUAAACUGUAUAUGCCAGUCUCUUGCAAAAUGGCUACUUAUACUUACUUUUUAUGUAUGCUUUACCUAAAUUAAAAUGAUUUCUUGCUAAUUGAAUCAAGGUUACAACCUAAUUCCCUUUGGCUUCCUAUUGAGAUGUUAAAUUCAGUCUCUUUGUGUAUUCUGUAUGCAAUACUGUGUCUGUCAGAAAGUUAGUUGUUUCUGGAAUAAAAUUUUACAGCCAUCAUCAUCAUCA